AUGAAGCUCGUGGCUUUACUCUUAGUUGCAACUCUCAAUAUCGCAACAGCUGAAGAAGACGACGUAUUGACUAAAUGUGUAGGGGCAUCCAUUUAUCCACUUGAAAUGUGCACAGGUGUUUCGGAUACGGCACAAUGUUGGUGUGAUUUAGAUGAUGAUUACUACGAAACGAGAUAUCAAUGUGACUACGCUAGCUACAAUGAUGAUUCUGUCGGCUCUGCUGAAGAAGUAAGACAACUAGUCUGUGACCAACUCGGCGUGAAACCAAGCAAUAAAGCCCAAUCCCUGAAUUCGAAUUCUGCUUCUCAAAGUUCCGUUGUUUCUGCAACUACUAGAGCCAGCUCUAGUGCCGCUAAAGGAGAGUCUACAUCUUCCACCUCGACUGCAGGUUCGUCUCAGACCACAACUAACAGCAAUUUCGCGGCUGAUUUGAAGGUCAGUUUGUUGGCUUUGUUGGUGGCUGCUUUUAUUUAG